ACUAAAAAAGGAAAAACCAACACACACCAUGUCAUAUCAUUAUUAAACUCACUCACUCUCCUUUCUUUUGCUGACUUGCUCUCAAGUCUCGUUGUCUUCGUCCCAGUUUUCGGAUCUCCAUGCCCAUCUGUCCCCCCUCUCCACUGGCCGUAUGCAAAUUCUCUCCCUGGGUUCUUCAAAUUUCAGCGUCUUAAAUAGAGAGGGUUCUAGGCGGAUUGAGGGUGGGCGCAUUUCUUUGUGAAUUUUGAAUGCUAGUCCACUGUUCGGAUUCAUAAAUCAUAAAUUACUUUAGGUGAGAGUCUUAUAUUCUGUUUUUUCCUUUUUCUUUAUAAUUUGUUCCAGUUUCCGAAUCUCGAUCCUCUUCCGAUUUCUUUUUUCUUGUUCGUAGAUAUCUUUGAAUCUGUUAAAGUACAUAAUUUGUGGUGCGGUUGGAAUCUCGAUUCUCACACAAUCUUUAAUGAGAAGUAAUAAAAAUCCGAGCUUUAGUUUUUCUUGAUCAAGGAAGAGAGUGGAGUUCAUUAUUGGGUCGUGAUAAACCUAUUCAGUACUCUAACGUAAUUGCUUGUAAACUCAUUUGCCUUCAUUUGCAUUCUAGAAGGGUGAAAAGUGAGGAGUAAGAAUGUCAAGCGACAGAUGCAGCCAUUGGUGCUAUAGCUGCAGACAGCCAAUAAACCUUACAAGACAAAAUGUGACUUGCCCUAACUGCGAUGGAGGGUUUGUGCAAGAUCUUGAUGAAGUGACGGCCACUGAAACUGAAUAUGAUGGUGAGGAUAACUACCACCAACGGCAGUCGAGGUUCAUGGAAGCCAUCUCCAGCUUCUUGAGGCGGCAAAUGUCAUCAUCAAGACCAGAUAGGCGGCAGCCUGAGCCGAGUAACCCUUCUUGGAACCCAUUGCUGAUUUUCAGCGGCGAGGUGCCAGCUGGAGGCAAUAGCGGUGGAGGAGGAGGGGUGACAGAGUUUCUGAACGAGGCUCUCGGAUUCAGAAGAGAACAUGGAGGAGGCGAUUAUUUCAUUGGUCCUGGCGUGGAAGAGUUCUUUGAUGAUAUCAUCAGCAGCAAUAACAACCGAUCUGUCCCUCAAGCGGCUUCAAGAUCUUCAAUUGAGUCCCUUCCUAAGGUCAAUAUAUCAAGAAAGCAUGUCCGGUCUGAUCUUCAUUGCCCAGUCUGUAAAGAUAAGUUCGAAAUGGGGACCGAAGUAAGAAAACUCCCUUGCGAUCAUUUAUAUCACUCGGAUUGUAUCAUUCCGUGGCUCCAACAACGUAAUUCCUGCCCGGUUUGUCGCCGGGAGAUGGAACCAGAGAGAUUGGGUGAUCACUGUGAUGACCAUAGUGACACCCGGAGUCAAAUCAGAACCAACUCAAUGAGACUUUUUGAGAGGAGAAGGGAGAGGGGGAGGAGAAUGUGGUCUUUCUUGUGGCCCUUCAGGUCUUCGCGUUCUGGUUCACGCCGCCGUGGUGGAGUUCCUGAAACCAACAUAGAGGCCACCAACCUGCAGUAUAGUCAUCAUCACCAUCAUGUUAGUGAGUACUCUAGCUGGCCAUUUGAAUAGAAGAUUAGAAGUUAAUCCUCGGUUUAGUCCAUGUGACUAUCCACUGUUAAUCAAUUUGGUCUCCCUAUAUGGAAUUUUAUUAUAAUGUAUUUGGUUCGAAAUAAAAGAAUAUUUUGUCAAUUCACUAUAUUUGGUGUCUUCAAUCAUCUACAUUGGAUCAGUAGCGGAUGAAGAUACCAUCCAAAAUGACAGUAAAAUUUAGCCAAGGGCUAAAUUAGGCCUCUAUUGUAGUCAAGAACCAAAUUAAGUUAUUUGAGUCUAAAAAGAAAGUUGAGGACAAGACUGAGUAAAUGAGUAAUAUACUCUGUAUUAAAAUAUAUAGUCAAGGGACUAAACUGGUAUUAACUCUUUUAAUAAUUAGCAAGGCUAGUUGGUGGUGGGCAUGGAGCAUUCUUGGACAUAAUAUAUAUUUUUGUUAUGUUGUGAUAAUAAUUGGUGUGUACCUCCCUGUCCAAAUUCUAGUGUUCCCACCUUCCAUGUUGUUUCUUUUUUUGCCUUUCAUUUAUCAAAUGAAUAUGUUAUCUUUGGUUGUUUAGUAAGGGCUUGUUUGUUUUAGGGUU